AUGACCUCCUUCUAUGAUGAGAUUGAGAUUGAAGACAUGGAGUUCAAUGAAGAAGAGCAAUUAUACACAUAUCCAUGCCCAUGUGGAGACAAGUUUGAGAUCUAUGUCGAUGAUUUAAGGGAUGGUGAUGAUGUUGCUCGAUGCCCAUCUUGCUCACUGAUCAUUCGAGUGAUUUACGAUCCUGAUGAAUUUGCCGACGAAGAAGAUGAAGAUGGAGAGACGACAUAUGAAGUGGAUACAAGCAUCAUUGUAUCUUGA